UGACUUCCCCAUAUAUAAUGCGAAGGACUGAGGAGCGCAGAGGAGACAGGAGGUUUAAGAUGGAGACUUCAGAAGAACCUCAAAAAAAGGUAUUUAAAGCACGCAAAACCAUGAAAGCUAGUGACCGACAACAAUUGGAAGCAGUGCACAAGGCCAAAGAAGACCAUCUGAAACCCACAGAACUGAAAUUACUUAAUGGAAACCAUGAAAACGGAGACUCGGACAUUAACUCUUCCUACCGUGGUCUAGAUUACGUGGAGGAGAAAAAGGAACUAAAUGGCAUGAUAGUUAUAAACUCUGAUCCCCGUGAAGUUCCUGUUGUCAAACUUUCUGACAUAAAAGGAAGUUUGAGAAAUACUGACCAAGUAAGAGACUUGAAAUUAAAACUUGAUCUGCAACCCUCUGAUAGCAUUACUUGUAAAGAAAAUGAAAGUGGUGAGGAUAUGAGUAAGCCAGAUGGCCAGGCCUACACAGAUUCAAAUGAACAAUGUAAAGAAAAGAGUUUUCUUGGAGUGGACCAAAACGACUUGGCUAAAAUGCCAGUAGAGGAAGAGGAUAUGUCAUGUGACACUGAAAUCUCAAUGAGACAACCAAAGUUAAGUGUUUCAGAUGAAGAAGAAAGUCACAUAGUUUUGGAAGGAAUACAUGAACUGGAAGAUGAAAGUCCAGAGGAGGAUGAUGCUGAACGAGAACAGGACAAUAUAGAAUUGUUACCUGAUAAAGAAGUCAGUGAUAAUAAAAUAGUGGGGGGUAAUGUAGAGGGUAUUUUAGAUUCACCUAGUGGAGAUUUUGACAAUGUAGAUAGAAAACAGGAUAUUCUGAAGGAAGAACUGCAAAAUAAGUUUGAUGACAAAGAGGAAAAUAAAUUUGUAAAAACUGAGGUCUGUGAAGAAGAGAUGUCUGGAAAGCAAAUAAGUGACUUGUUAGAUGAGGCAAAUGAGGCAAAAAUAUCAGAGAAUGUUGUAGCACAGGAGAAUAUUUUUUCAGAGAAAAAUAAAGAAAUAUCAGACACGGCAUUGGAUCGGGAUACUGUUGAAGAGGCCAUAACGAGUAGUAUGGAGGUUGAUCAGAAUUUCAAGGCUGAAGGGCAGAAAUCCACUUCUGCAACAGAGAUUGGCUUUGAGAGAACCCUUUCAGAAUUGCAGACUGGUUCUGGUUUAGAAAGUCUAGACAAUAUGGAGACUGAUGAAAUUAUCCCAAUUCUUGAAAAACUGGCUCCAGUGGAAGAUGAACUACAGUGCUUUUCAAAAUCUGUUGUGAAUACUGAAAGUGACCUAAGUAUAGAUGAAGAUAAGGCUGAACAUGGUAACACCUCUCCAAGCAAACAAGAAAGUAGUGAAACCCUACCAAGUGAAGCUUUUUUAGUGCUCUCUGAUGAAGAAGAACCUUGUGAUAUUCCAGCAGCUGAAGAAAAAGCAACAGCCCUACCUGAUACAAGCAUGGAAAAAAUAGAAGAGCCAUCGGAAAAGGAGACAGGACAAAAAAAGGAAGCAGAAGAAGAUGAACAGGAGGUUGAAAAAAGUGAUGUGUCCCGACGAAAACGGUCUAAAUCUGAAGACUUGGAUUGUCACACUACUAAGAAGCGCCGUUACGAGGGGGAUGAAUACGAAGCAGAGCUACAAGUGAAGAUUACAGCAGGAGAUGAUCUUAACAAGAAAUUGCAGAAGGUUAUUGAAAAGAUGUUGGAUGAAAAGCUUACAGUGUUGCAGUGUGCGGUUUUUGACAAAACCCUAGCUGACUUGAAGACUAGAGUAGAGAAACUAGAGUGCAAGAAACAUGAAAACGUUUUGCAUGCUAUACAGGCUAAAAUUUCCAGACUAACCAAGCGUUUUGGUGCAGCAAAAGAAGAUUUAAAGAAAAGGCCUGAGCAAACUACAGCCACACAGCCUUCAUCUCCCAGAAAAUCUUCAAAUGAUGUCACACCAAGCAGUAACACUGCGGCACACAGAAACUCUGGGACAGUAAGACAAAUGUUGGAAUCAAAGCGAAAUGUGGGUGAGACCACUACAUCUACUUUCCAGUCUUCAACUGCUGUUCAGCCUUCACUCCCGAGUCCAUCCAGUAUUUCACUGCGCAGUCCUAGCACCACUACACAAAUAUCUGCAAAUCAGUCACCUGCAAAUACAAGUCUUCAGGGGCGAACACCACCUGACUGGAAACUGAUUCAGCAAAAAAUUAAUGCUUCAAGUAUAGGUGGAUCGCAAACCUCUCUAACUAGCCAGUCCAAACCCUCUGCUUCUGUCACUUCUACUCCAGUGAUGACUUCUGUGAUUCCAGCACCUAGUAGUGCAACGGUUGUUGGGAACACCCAGGUGUCUGCAAGCAGCACUCAAUCAAUGUCUGUCUCUCUUCAGUCCCUUCCAGUCAUUUUGCAUGUCCCUGUAGCCAUGCCUUCUCAAUCACAAAUUCUACAAGGUACAACAGGGACCUUAGUAACCAACCAGCAGUCUGGGAAUGUUGAAUUCAUCUCUGUUCAAAAUCAGACCGCAGUCAGUAGCCUCACAAAAACAACUCCUGUUUCCCUGGCUGCAAACAAACCUAUCAACAGCCCCUCAAUGCCUAGCCCAGGUAUUCAGCGGAAUUCACCAGCUAGCUCUGUUGCAUCAACUCUAGCAGUACAAGCAGUACAAACGCAUUCUGUUGCACAGUUAUCCAGACAGUCAUUGCCACCAUUGGGAACCUCUGGCAUAUACAGUCAAGCAAACAGUCGGGCAUCUUUGCAGCUCAAGGCGGGUUUUAGCAGUCCUUCAACUGAGUCACCUACUCUUUCAAGAACAGAACUACAAACCAGCCGAACACCAGUAGCAGAGACUUCAAGCAAACGUGCACCUGAGACUACAACUCUGAGUGGAAAACCUGGAGGUGGAGUUAUUGACCUUACAUUAGAUGAUGAAGAUAUGGAGACAACCUCUCAAGAUCCCAGAAGAAGUUUGUCAGGAACUAUUCAGUCUUCCCAAAUUACAGGCCGCACCUUGCAACAGCCCAACACUCAGCAGAUACAAUCACCCACAGCACUUUCCUCUCAAGCCACUAUACAUGUGUUACCAACAGCACAGACAACUGUUAACGUAACCCAACGACCAGGGACUCUAGCUACAACAAGGGCUCCAGCACCCAGACUUCCAAACAAUCAACAGAUGGUCUACACUACAAGCCUCCCUACUGUCCCAGGUCAAACAACAGUGCGUAACACUCUUAUGCAGAACCAGAAUCUUCGGCAAGUCAGCCCACAAACUGGAGGGUUACCUGUACGGAUGCCCCAAACUACUGCGUAUGUGGUUAAUAAUGGGAUGUCCGUAGGUGCAGGACCCCAGCUGACUGUUCAUCAUCGUCCACCACAAGAACCAGCAAGACCAAUUCACCCAGCUCCUCUUCCAGAAGCUCCUCAACCCCAACGCCUUCCUCCUGAAGCUUCUGCAACUUCUCUUCCUCAAAAGCCUCACCUCAAAUUGGCUAGGGUACAAAGCCAAAACGGAAUUGUUCUUUCCUGGAGUGUGUUGGAAGUAGAUCGCACUUGUGCCGUUGUUGACAGCUACCACCUGUAUGCGUAUCACGAAGAUCCAACUGCAACAUCUCCUUCUCAGUGGAAGAAGAUUGGAGAAGUAAAGGCAUUGCCACUCCCCAUGGCUUGCACUCUUACACAAUUUGUAUCAGGCAGCAAGUACUAUUUUGCUGUACGCGCUAAAGAUGUUUAUGGUCGUUUUGGUCCGUUUUGUGAUCCACAGUCCACAGAUGUCAUCUCCACUCAGAACAAUUAAAACACUAGGAUAUUUUUUUCUUUUGUAUUUUUCCCCUUUUUGUUUUCACGUUGUAAACCUGAAGAUGAAAGUAAUUGUUAAAUAUUACACACACUGUUGGAUAUUUCUGGGAUCAGUGUACAUCAGUCUGCUCAGAUGGACCAGUCUUCUUCAGCAUGGAUGAAACUAUCCUCUUUCGAUUAAUUGCACUGACUUUAUUAAGAGUGUACUGUUGUGGAAGUCAUGAUUCACCAUCCAGACGCUGCGCUGUGUAUGUCAGUGGAUAUAAGUACCUGUUCACUGGAUGGCUGACAGUAAAACAAAAAAAGUUAGACCAUUUGGUUUAGAUGUAAAAGUAAACCAUAUUUCUCAAUGGAAAACAAUGGCAAUUAUAGCUGUUAGAGAGGAUAAGUAUUACAGACGAAAUAGUGGUGCAUGGGUAGCUUUUACACAAAGACUCAUCCACAUGAUCUCCACUGGAUGGGGAUUCUCACACAGGGCAAUUAUAUGUACUUUUGAGCAAGAAAAAUAA